UAUUCUCUCUCUUCCUCAACACCCAACAAAAAAACCCCACCUCCCCAAAUUUAGAAAUUUCAACACUUUUUUCUCUCUCCUCUUAAAUUUUUUUUCUCUAACUCUUCAAAAACAAUGGGAGAAAUCAAGCUAUUUGGGCAAACCAUUGUAUUACAAGUAAAACAAGAAGAGGUAGAUAAAAACUAUGAUGAUCAAGAGAACAACAAUAAUAACAAUAAUAAUGAUCUUAACAAAAGACCAGAUAAAAUUAUACCUUGUCCUAGGUGCAAAAGCAUGGAGACAAAAUUUUGUUACUUCAACAACUAUAAUGUUAACCAACCUCGUCACUUCUGUAAGGGCUGCCAGCGGUACUGGACCGCUGGCGGCGCGUUACGCAACGUUCCUAUAGGUGCCGGACGCCGGAAAGCUAAGCCACCCGGCGUUCGGCACGGCGGAAUGUUUGCUGAGAGUUGCUUGUUAGAUGGGAUCAAUAUGGAUCAAUUUGAUGUGGAUGGUAUGCUUAUGGAAGACUGGCAACUAGCUGCUGCCAUGGCUACUGGUGCAGCUUUCAGUCAUGGGUUUCAGGUUAAGAGAAGAAGGAGUGAGUCUGGUCAAACUUGUUGAUUUUGAUUUGGGUACUUUCUAGUUUUUACUACUACUUUUGUAUAAUUAUUACUUUCUUCGUUAUGAAAUCAAUGAAACGCUGCUCUCUUAAUUUUUACGUAAGAGCUCUUUGAGAGAAGCGUUUUAUAUUUUUAUAACCGAUGAAUUAUUAUUAUUAUUAUUAUUAUUAUUAUUAUUAUUAUUAUUAUUAUUAUUAUUAUUAGUAGUAGUAGUGAUAUAGGGUUAUAAUGUGGGAAGGUUGAAAAAAAAAUGAGAGGCAAAAAGGUAAUUGUUGUCAAUGAAUUUUGGUGUAAAUAUAUAUUCAGUUAGCAUUAUUUGGAGAAAAAGAAUGUUGAAAAGUAUAUUAGUUUUUGGAUCAAUUUUUUUUGUUUUGUUUUUGUUAAUGAUGAUGCAAAAUUUUGAUCAUGUGUGUAGAUUAUGGAUUAUCAAAAAAGAUUUGUGAGUAGAUCUUUUACAGAUAUGGAUAGUUCACCAGCUGGUUAUUAUUGGAUUACAAAGAAUAUAUGCCAGAUAAGAGCUUGUUACU